GAGAGCUGCUGUUCGACCCACCCAAACAGGAUCUGUCCAUUCGUCCACCCGUCUGUGCAUCCAGCUGCGCAAAUCUGUGCUUCCAUCCAGCGGUGCGCCGAGUCCGCAUCUUUCUCUCAGAAGGUCAGACAUAAUUCUUCUUUCUUUUUUAAUAAACGUACCUGGCAACUUUUUUCCUCCCUCAUAUUCUUCUCCACCUGAUCCACGUUUGGACACCGGGGGAUUAUUUCUGCAUUUAGCUGUCGCUGACGCUGCUUCCUCUUGUAAGGACAAAGGGAUGGUCGGCUGACCUCUGAGUUCACUGAUUGGCUCGCUGAGCUUCACCAACUGUAGCUGCUGUCAUGGCCAAAAGUCCGGAGGUGAAGCUGGCCGUCUUCGGCAGAGCAGGAGUGGGCAAGUCAGCAUUGGUGGUGAAAUUUCUGACCAGACGUUUCAUCUGGGAGUACGACCCAACACUUGAGUCAACAUAUCGUCAUCAAGCCAAUAUCGAUGAUGAAGUUGUUACCAUGGAGAUUCUGGACACUGCAGGGCAGGAGGACAUCCAGCAGAAGGAGGGUCACAUGCGUUGGGGUGAUGGAUUCAUCAUUGUGUACGACAUCACAGACCGGGGAAGCUUCGAAGAGGUGGCCCCGCUACGAAGUCUCCUAGAGGAGGUGAAGAAGCCGAAGAACGUCCCUUUGGUCCUGGUGGGCAACAAGUCAGACCUAGACUACGCCCGCCAGGUCACCACAGAGGAAGGAGAGCGGCUGGCAGCUGAAAUGGCUUGUGCCUUCUACGAAUGUUCGGCCUGUGCUGACGAGGGUGGCGUUGUGGCCGAGGCUUUCCAUGAGCUAUGCAGAGAGGUGAGACGCCGCAAAGCCGUUCAGGGCAAGGCCAGACGUCGCAGCUCCACCACCCACGUCAAACAGGCCAUCAACAAGAUGCUGACCAAGAUUAGCAGCUAGGGACACGCUAUGCUGCUGUCAGAUGACAAGAUAAAAAAAAAAAAAAGUACAUUCUUCCCUUGGGAAUUGUUUUG